AGCUAGAGGAAUCGAUGGCAGGAGCAGAGGUUGUGAUGGAGGCAUGGAAAGAAUGGGGUCUCCAAGCGCUGGUGCUGCUCAGCCUGACUGUCCAGGUCGCACUCCUCAUCGUAGCGGAGCUCCGCCGCCACAUCGACUCCGGUGUGCUAAUGGCCUUCGUCGGGUCGGCAUACAUGCUGGCCGAUGCGACGGCGAUCUACGUCCUCGGGCACCUGUCCGUGACAAGCAGGUCGCCGGAGCACGAGCUGCUGGCGCUAUGGGCGCCAUUCCUGCUGCUGCACCUGGGUGGGCAGGACAACAUCACCGCCUACGCCCUCGAGGACAACAAGCUGUGGCUGCGCCACCUGCAGACGUUCAUCGCGCAGGUGGCCGCCGCCGCCUACAUCAUCUACGGGUCCUCGAUCAUCGUCGGCGAGCGCUGGUCCUUGCUCCUGCUGGUCACUAUCCUCGUGUUUUUCGUCGGUCUUGUCAAGUAUGGGGAAAGAGUGUGGGCGCUCCGGUGCGCCGGUAGCAGCCCAACUGGAAACUACCGGGGUCGUCGUGGAGGUGGAGAAGGUUCAGAGUGUCCAUUGGUGGUGCCGGAGUCCUUGAAAAGGCGCCGCUUGGAUCCAGAAGCCUUCCUGCUGAAAGCUCACCUGCUAUUGGAUUAUGCCAAGGAUGUGUUCAAGGGGCCGUUAUCUCCUAUAGCUUUGUAUGGCACAGCUACUCCAGCAGGAUCAGAGCUGGAUGGGGAGGACGUGUACAAGAUGGUCGAGAUGCAGGUCUCCCUGGUCCACGACCUCUUCUAUACCAAGGCUGAGGUCACGCACACUUGGUAUGGCCUCUGCAUCCGUCUGCUUUCGUGUCUGGCCGUCGGCGUGGCCUUCUUGUUGUUUAAUAUACUGCUCUUGUGCGACGGCCAUCAUCGUAAGCUCAAGGGAGGUUACAGUUACAGCAGGGUGGAUGUCAUUGUGACCUACGUCCUCUUCGUCGGGGCCGUCGUCCUGGAGACUGCGUCCCUUGUCAGGGCCAUGUUCUCGAGCUGGACAUGUGCUCUGCUACUGAAACGCAGUAGCCUGCGCAGCAGCGGAUCGAAAAGAAUCGCUGCAAGUACUUUUGUUGUGGGUGUCGUUUUGUAUCUCCGCCGGCUGGUACGAGCGGCAGAUUUGAGGAGGAGGUGCAGCUGGUCGCGCUGCAUGCGGCAGCACAACCUGGUUCAGUUUUGCGUGCGCAGCAGGGCCAGCCGAAUAAGAAGAGUAGCGAAAUGGGUGGGAGUCGAGAAUUGGUGGGACAUGCAGGCUUGCUCAUGGUCCGUCCCUGUCUCAGCGUGCAUCAAGCAGCUGCUGCUGAAGAGAAUCAAGGCGAGGCAAUGGGGUCGGGAGGCACUCAUGAACAGAGGAUUGUACGAGAACUUGGCCUCUUGUGUCAAGUUCAACAAGCUGGAUGAGAGCAUCCUGGUAUGGCACAUCGCCAUUGACGUCUACCUGGGCUGCUGGUACAAGGAUCAGCAGGAGCAAGCAAACCCUCCAGAUGGCGGCGGCGGCGGUGACCGGGGCCGGGCACCGGCUGAUCUCGCCGAGGCGGCGCAGGCGCUGUCCAACUACCUGCUUUUCCUCGCCGCACGUCCCCAUAUGCUGCCUCCAGAUGGCAGCGGCGAUGCGUACGGCGAAUUGACGGAGUGCCUCACCACUUGCGUGGAUUGCAGCUCAGUUGAGGUACUGCGUCGCCUGCUACGACGUUACGACGAGGACCUCCCUGCUAAUCGCAUUACAUCCAACAAACCGUUGCGGAGAGGAUGCGAGCUCGGUAAGGUCCUCGUCGGCCGGCGAGACUCACCAACCGUUUGUGACACGCUAGAGAUGAUCUGCGAGGUGUGGGUGGAUAUGCUGUGCUACGUGGGCCGCGGGUGCGGCAGGGAAUCGCACGCCAAGCAGCUCAGCAGUGGCGGCGAGCUCCUCACCGUCGCUGCCCUUGUAGCAAGAUACAUGACUUCGCCGAAGUUGCGCCGGUUGGUAUCAGCGUCAACCCAAAGUAAUUUGCAACACUUUCAAUCUGUAUGA